AUGGAGACGAACGGAAAAACGUUAGCCGAGCAGAUUGGGGCGCAGAUCUUUAUUGAUGCGUGGGCGAUGGUGUGCCCUGGUGAUGCGGAGAUGGCAGCGAAAUUUGCGAGGGAGGCGGCGAGGGUAAGUCAUGAUGGGUGCGCGGUGGAUGCCGCGGUGUUGUGGGCGGUUAUGGAGGCGGAGGCGUUUGUGUCUUCUGACCUAGAGCAUCUCUUGGAUAAAGGUCUGAAUUAUAUUCCUAAAGAUUCGGAGCUGAGGAAUCCGGUGGAAGAUGUGAGAGCUUGGGUGAAAGAAGACGGGGAUUGGGAGAAGACGAGGCAGCGCAUUGAGGAUAAUUACGGGUACGACAAGUAUGGUGGGAUUUGCCAUAUGAUCCCGAACCAUCUCAUCAUGAUCAUGACUUUGCUGUAUGCGGGUCACGAUUUCAGUCAAGCGAUGCACAUAAUUAACACCUCCGGCUGGGAUACUGACUGCAACUCUGGAAACGUUGGUUGCCUAGUGGGAAUCAUCAAUGGGCUUGAGGGCUUCGAGAACGAAAAAGGACUCGACUGGCGAGGACCGUUGGCCGAUCGAGCCCUGAUAUCAAGCGCCGACGGUGGCUAUUCCAUCAACGAUGCCGUGCGAAUAACAUACGACCUCGCCAACAUAGCCCACAAAGUAGCGCGGCUUCCUGCGCUUCCCGCACCUAAGGAUGGCGCACAGUGGCAUUUCUCCCUCCCGGGCAGCGUCCAAGGUUUUCAAUGCGCUUCUGCGCCCUCAGAAGUUCUCGUAGCGCAAGCCUUCGACAACGGUAUUUCAGCUCUGGGCAUCACCCUCCACUCUCCAAUCGCCGAAGUCGAAGUCCUCACCCAGGUCUUCACACCCCUCGACGCUCUCGCUGUAAAGCGCGACUACGAACUCAUGGCCUGUCCGCUCCUCUCCCCGGGCCAAGCCAUUACCGUGAUCCUCUCUGCUCCCCCUUCAAACUACAAUCCCAUCAACGCCAGCGUCCUUCUCAAAGCCUACGACUUCGACGACUCCCUCAGCCCGUCCUCCAGCCCACCCAUCACCCUCACCCCUGGCCAAAAACAAACGAUAACAUGGACAAUUCCGUUCGCUCUCGAAAACAAACCCAUACAACAACUCGGGAUCGCCCUCUCCGCCCUCUCCGCCACGACAGGCACGAUUUACCUCCACAGCAUAAAAUACACCGGAAGCCCCUGCAUGACACUCAUCCGGCCUCCUCUCACCACCGGCCCGGGACUCUCUUCCGUCCCAGAAACUAUGUGGCAAUACCAAUGGGUUUCCUCAAUCCAUAAAGUUCACACUAAGUUCGGACCCUCUUUUUUUCUCGCGCAAGAUGAGGGGGAGGGACUUUUUUACACUGGCACGAAGGUGUGGGAAAAUUAUACAGCGAGUGUGAAGGGGUUCAUGGUGAAUAUGGGCGAUGGGCACGGGGUGAUCGUUCGAGUACAGGGGCUCAAUAGGUGGUAUGGGGCUGUGCUGAGGAAAGGGUUUUUGGAAGUUGUGAAAGCGAGGGACGAAGAGAGGAAGUUGCUAGGGAGGGUGGGGGUGGGGUGGGGUUUGGAUGCGAAGUAUGAGAUCCAGGUUAAGGUGAGCGGUAGAAAAAUUUCUGCGAGAAUGGGCGACGUGGAGGUUUACGCUAAUGAUAAUGAGUAUCGUGGUGGGGCGGCAGGAUUCGUUCUCGGCGCGGGGAGUAUCUGUGCAGAUAGUCUGAGGAUCGAGCCUGCGUAG